AUGUCGCGGGAGAGACGUCAAAACGCGGGUAGUAAGCUUGGGGACAUGUUGGCCGCUCUAAAGGAGGAGGAUGACUUCGACAUGGAUGACGAGCCACGUGGAGCUGCGGGGGUGUCGACCCCGAAGUUAUUGGGCGGGAAAAACCGUAAAGUAUCACCGGCUUGCGGCCGGGAGGAUUUGGAGGAGUUAGAAUUGUCGGUGAAUGACCUCGAGAGGGAAUUAAAGGCUCUACAACUGAAAAAGAAAAGAGAUGACCUACUAAAACAGAUUGAGUCAGAGAAAUCAUCAGGAACUGAACAGGAGGGCGGUCAACAUGCACACGAGGAUGCAGUACACCAGGACUCAGUGGACGGUCUAAUGGGAAGAGGUAAAAAAGCUAAGACUAUAACAGAUUAUAUAUGGACAAACCCCCUAGAUAUUUUGGAAGAAGGGAGCAUAAUUGACAUUGGAGGUGGAGCUAUAGUGCGAUUGGGUGGACCACGAAAAUUGUCGUUGGGCAAGAUUUCUAUGGAACAAUGGACAUUCGCCAGUCUAGGAAUUAUGAAGGAAUUGCCUUCAUCAGAGCAUCCCGGGUACAUAAAAUAUAUGCAAACAAUUAUGCGUCUGGCUUCUAAUAAUGUCUGGCACAGUGUACUACUAUUCGACAAAGAAUAUCGUGAGCGGCAGGCAGCCGAGGGAUUCCCUUGGGGAUCUCCCCAACCGGACGUGCGCAAUUUCUACCUGAUUCCUAAAGCCACUAGUGCCACUGGCGCUGCAAUGCACAUGAUGAAAGAGGUAGGCCAGAACUCGAAUGUUGCUCUUGGUGCGAUACCAAAAGAGGAUGGUUCUGUGCGUCUAAUUCACGAUGCAAGUCUGCCGGUGAAUGGAGGUUUGAACUCACUGAUGCCUGUGACCAAGGGGGUGCAGGCUAUUACUGUGGGGACUAUUUCUACAUCAACUGGCAGGAAGAUAGACCUGAUGUUAGAGAUUCGCACAUAA